AAUGUUUAAACAUGAAAUAAGUAUCGUUUAACCUGUUAUUUUUAUUAUAUUACUUUUAAUUCGUUAUAUUAUUUAGUUAUAUAUUUGAAAGCAAAUUAGUCAAGAAAUUUUUGUGAAUCCGUUGGAAAUACAUAAAUAUAUUCAACAAAUGUCUUUGAUAGAUUCCAUACAUUAUCUCUUGUAUAAUAGCAGAUGAGUGUAAAUGUCAUGGCAAAGGAAGAGAUUUGCUACAAGGCCUUGCAAGUAAUUGAUUGCAAACAAGGUGCCAUCAGAGCAGUCAGAUUUAAUGUGGAUGGAUCAUAUUGCUUGACUUGCGGAUCAGAUAAGAAGUUGAAACUAUGGAAUCCGUAUGAAGCAACUUUAUUGAAAACUUACGGAGGACAUGGGAACGAGGUUCUGGAUGCUUGCAGUUCAUGUGACAACAGCCAGAUCCUGUCAUGUGGUGCGGACAAGACAGUUAUCGCGUGGGACGUGAGUACAGGCGCAGCCGUGCGCAGGCUGCGUGGACAUGCUAGCCACGUGCUUUGUGUCCGCUACAACGAGGAGUCUACCUUCGCUCUCUCAGGGUCACGUGACAACACGGUCAUGGGGUGGGACAUCCGUAGCCGCAGCCAGGACCCUGUGCAGGUGCUGCGUGACGCUAAGGACAGUAUAACUUCCCUACAAGUGACAGAUCACGAAAUUUUAACUGGUUCACUUGAUUGCUGGAUACGCCGUUACGAUAUCAGAACGGGCCAAGUCUUUUCUGACUUUGUUGGAGAACCGGUGAUGAGCUGUUGUUUCACCCGCGAUGCGCAGUGUACAGUAGUUGCUUCUACAGACAGCGUAAUUAGGCUACUCGACAAGGACUCUGGUGAACUCCUAGGCGAAUACUCAGGCCACCAGACUGGGGACUAUGUGAUGGAGUGCGGAGUGGACCAGAGUGACCGACAUGUGGUCUCCGGUGCAGUGGACGGUUCUGUGUGGUGGUGGGAACUGGUACAGGCUAAGGUGACUCACCGUCUGGCACACACGCCGUGCCGUCCGGUCACUUCGCUCAGUGUCCACCCGACACAGCCCCGCCUGCUGUCCGCCGCAGCGAACACCAUCAACCUUUGGUCCGCUACAGAACCUGAUUAACGGCAGCACUUCUGAUUCGUACAUAUUCACCGGAGAAAUACGACAAGAUCUCUACAAGUAUAUAUUUUUUUAAUGGAUUCUUCAAAUAAAGUUACUAUUAGUAAUAUUACAAAUCAGGGUGAUGAAAUAAAUUGGCUUUCAAACAACAUACCUAAUUUAAUUGAAGGAGGAGCUCUCCUUAUUGGAAAAUAAAUUAUUACAAAAAAAAAAGAAAAUGCAGAAUUGUCAAAUAAUUUUAAUACAAAAUUGUUGGACAAUUGUGUAUAUUUUUAGAGCACUAACAUACCUAAUGUUAUAUUUUUAGACAAUGUUUAAAACAAUAAAGCAAACUACUUUAUUCGGUCCCUCUUAGUAAACAACCAUUUUUCAUAUAGCAGCACCAGUUUGUUGUGUGGUAACCAAGAAAUUAUUUUGCCUUAUAAUGCCUGAAUAGGAAAUGUCAGGAAAUGAAUAAGAAAAACAUGAUAUUUAGAAAAACAACAAAUAAAAUGUUCAAAUGUGUUGUUUAAAAACAUCAAUUAAGGAAGGCUUAGAGAAUUCAGAAUAUUUUAUAUAGACUAACUUUGCUUGCUAUUUCCAUGACCAUUGAAGAACCAGAUAUUAUCAUUCGUGAAUUUAUUUUUAUUCAAUAAUUAUUGUUUUGUUACUUCUUCUUUUGGCAUUUCUUAUUUUCUAAGGAAAGUAUUCGAAAAUUAUUCUGGCAAUCAUUGUAAUAUACGUCUAAUUCUUUUAAAGUGUUAUUUUUAUGCAGUAUAAGUAGUUUGUAUGAAUAGUUUUUAUAAGUAUUCUUGAUACAACUUUCUUAUUAC